AUGUUCAAUAAUGGAACGCUUUUCUCAAUUCAUGACAUUUUCAUGCACAAUCUUCUCGUUCAACAAGCACGAUACUAUUUCCUUACGGAUUUUUUCGUUGGGGCAAAGAAGGUGAAUGGCACGUGGCAAUGGGAAGAUGGGACGCCAUUCAAUUACACUCGAUGGGCACAAAAUGAACCAUCAAAGAGUGGCGACUGUAUAUCGGUUGUUGUCUCGUGGUCUCAAUGGUAUGCCGUCGAUUGCAAAUCGAAAUCGGAAGGUGAUUGUCAAUCGAGAGCCAUUUGGGAUCCCGACUUGAAAACAUGCCUAGUGCCCAUUCAAGGAACCAAAAACUACACAUUGGCCGAGGGAGAAUGCGAAUCGUACCGGGGAAUGCUCAUUUCUGUGCACAACGCAUUCGAGAAUGGAGUCGUCCAACAAGAAGCAAAUAUGUUUUUCAUCUACUACUACUAUUUGGGAGCUCAACGACGGGGCAACACUUGGACGUGGAUUGACGGCACACCGUUCACAUAUCAAAAUUGGGCACAAAAUGAACCGGCGGCAACGGGCUUGGGUACGAAUCUCAUCACUGGGCAAGGACUCACACCAUAUUAUGGAGUGAACUUGGUACCAUUUGGACCCGAUGCCGGGGAUAUGCGAGUGAAUGACGAAAUGUUGACAGGAGGACAGACUAUUGAUCUCCAUUUAUUCUUUCCUUUCUACGGUGGACUUUACAAUUACACAUCAAUUUCUGGCAAUGGCUACAUCAGCUUUGCGACAGUUCUCGAUCAAGGUCCGGUGAUCAACGUGGGUCCACUUGACACGAAUUGGCCGACGCAUCAAGAUCCAGCAAUGAUUGCACCAUAUCUAUGCAAACAACAAAUUCCCCGGGAUCAUGGCCCUGGCUUGAAAACUGGCGUUUUCUAUCGUCUACUUCUUCGACAAUCGCUUUUCGGUCGACAAUCGGACAGCAAUAUGAAUAUGGGCGGAAGCAUGCCAUCGUCGUUUUUUACGCAGAAUAUGAGACAAGCAUGCCCGAAUACUCCGAAUAAUUAUGCACGGUGUAAUCAAGAGAGUGAUUACCAGCUGAACGAGUGGAUGAACUGGUUGCAAGAGGGAAUCGCUGGGGCUCAGAUGUUCCGAGCUGAUGCGGCUCUCGUGGUUACGUGGUUCAACACCGCUUCUGCGAUUUCCGGGAGAUCCGAUGUGGACGCCGGUCAACUGGCCACAUAUCAACUCAUUUGGCUUACUGAUAGCAACGCUCGACUUUCCUACGUGAUUUUCAACUACGAUCGGCUUGGCUUCGAUGCGGCCGAUUUUCGCGGGAAUUCUCGAUCAGGGCGUUGUCAGGCUCUCUUCAACGGUGGAAAUCACACAGGAAUGGUGCCCGUCGAUCCAACGCAAAUGUACAAGAACUCCCCAAAAGUGUUGGCCUCUCAAUCGGGAGUCCCACACAUGGUUCGAGGACGGUACAUGUUCCGUGUGGAUGACGUCGUCCGACCGGGUGGAUGCUCGAACAAAACUGGAGGCACAUUCCCAAUGAUGAUCUACCCAAAUAUCGUGAACAUGUUGGGUGAAACGACAGUCGAUGUGAAUGCAAUGUAUCCACGAAAUUUCACCAAUCCUGACCUUAACAAUCGCAUGGACACGGGUGGAGCGAGGAUCAGUGACGAUUCGAUGUACUCAGUUCAGUUGGGACUUUAUGUGAUUGGCUACAAGGAGUUCAAAGAUGACAAUAUCAAAAAAUUCCGCCCUGAGCAUCGAAUCAUUGCUCGUUUGGGAUCGUACGCGAACAAAAAUCAAUACGAAUACCGGUGGAGACCGCAAGAAGAAAGGAUCAAUUUGAAUCAAGUUGAGCAAUGGUACAUGACGGAUUGGGAGCGGAUGAACGAGUUGUACACGUAUCGCUUUGGAUACCUCAAGCUCGCUCCGAUCAUCAAUCUUGAUCAACAACGGCCCACUCAAUUGCCGGCUGGACUCGUCUCUCAUCCAAUUUCGCUGCAUUGGAUGUGGACAACGAACAAUCCCGAAUAUCAGACGACAACCUAUAGUCAACAAGAAGAGCAGAGUCGAGUGGAUUUCGUGAAGAAGAAGGCCAUGCAAAUGUGUCAUGAUUGGUACAACGAGGACGGAGCUCAAUCGAAUUUCAUCCGGGACACCGAAACGAAUGCCUCUUGUCCGUGUGUUGAGCGACAAGCGAUGGCCGAUUUGGGCCGAUUUAUGCCACAUCCACGAUGCUCUCAAACUUUCCGUGAUAUCACUUGCACUCAAUCGAUCGGAGCCCGGAAUUGCUACAUGUCGGCGCAAAAUGUUUACGGAUCGUAUGCGGGAUCGGGCAGAACGGACACCUCACACACGACAAGUCGUGUGCCCACUCACUAUGGACAAGUGUGCUGUUACGAUAAAGAGGGUUUUCUCAUGCAGACCAGUUAUCAGCCUGUGAUAAAGGUGACACCAGAAGUACCGUACAAUCCCGGGUUCCCGCUGAGAGCCUACGAGUUCGGCACAUCACCGUAUAUGGGGCAAUGGGAGGUACCGGGUUUAUCAGCUUUCCACAACGAUUAUAUGCCGUAUUUCUUGUGUUGCAAGUACUCCGAUUUCCGAUGUCAAAUGUUCUAUUGGAGGCGACCGUCUUCUGGGUGUCAAGAGUAUCAACCGCCCGCUUACGGUGAAGCAAUGGGUGCCGGAAUAUUCAAUACGAUUGACAAUGACAAGUUCAUCUUCAACGAGCCGGGCGUGUACACUCUUCUCUACAUCCCAAAGACGCUCACGACUCCAGAAGUCCGAAUUCAAGUUCGCCUCGAGCGAUAUCCAAACAGAAAAGUCGAUUUCAGUUAUCUCGGACGAUGGAUGCCACAGAAAGACUUGGUCCAACCCUCAAACGCCACUGUGAUCACCGGAAUUGCGAUUGAAGCAACGGGAACUGAUCGAGUGCACGUGUUGGCUAGGAAAGACACUCGGCGUUUCCGAUACCGAACCAGUGUCAUCGUCGGCAAUAUUCUUCGAUACUUUGACACAAUGCACAUUCAACGAUUCACUGGCGUUCUCGUUUAUGUGAAUAGCGUCGAAAGAGGACAAGCCGAGAUCUAUGUGGUAUUGAAGAGGCACAAAUUGGAAGAAUCUUUCAAUCGGGAUAUCGAUCGGCUCAUGAAUUAUCAAGAGAGUUUUGGAAUGCUCAACGUUGCCCUCUCGGUACCGCCGCAAUAUGGAGUGCGUCCUGAUGGAGACAAGGCACGAGAGAACGAGAUCCGACAACGGUACAACUUACCGAAGGUGUCUGGUUUGAUGCGGCCAUUCCCCGAACAAACGAUGAGCAGUCAAUGGCAAAGGGAUCUUCAGAUGCAAGACGUCAACUCGGAAUCGUAUCGACAGCAAAUCGUCCAGAAUUACAAAAUCCAUGGGACGGGUGAGAGUGGAUCGGAUCAAAAUCUGAAUACCCAAUACAACAGCGACAUUCCAACGGAUAACAUGUUUACCGCGAGUAAACAAGAGGACAGCAAAUUUGAUGAAUGCGGUGACAAUUGGGCUUGCCUCUACAACUAUGCCCUUUUGAAUUCGAAAGUGAUCGGUGAGGAGAGUUAUAAAUCCUGGAACUCGCAUAUCAAUCUCCGAAAUGACGCCGUUCGACAAUAUAACUCUUGUGGACCGAUCAACAUCGAGUAUCCGGAAUAUUUGAUGAAAGUCGGCUCAAUGGAUAGCGCCUAUUUGGAUGGAGAUGUCGCUCAAUUCGAAUGUUUCCAAUCGCAUUGGACAAAAGGAACACACGAGUACAAAUGCGGCAUGGUAGCCAAUCGAGAGCGUAUCGUGACAGCCGAGUACGAGAACAAGAACCACUCAAUUAUCAAUUUGGAUAUUAUCGAUUUGAAUGGAAUAAGGGUGAUCAACCAUGGUGUCGAUCUCGAGAAAGAGGAGAAUUUCUUCAUUUGGUUGGCUGCAAUUCUCGGCACUGUCGCCAUCAUCAUUGUCCUCAUUUUGAUCUAUCUUUGCUGCUGGACGCCAAGUUUAAAGAAACAUCCAUACUCGAUGGAAGCGGAACCACUUCAUCCAAAGAUUCGACCGAUUGAUAUCAGCGACGAGUUGAGAGCGCCACUGACACCACAUGGAGGCACACCGACCAAAGUGCCGCCAAGGUUUGAUUCGUACCAAUCUCCACCCAAUGCCUCAACACCGGAAUCGCUUCGAAACGGGAAUUCGAAGGGAGCCGUUCAUGGGUUCAACACUAGUGUC